AUGGCUCGUGGGAAGAUCCAGAUCAAGAAAAUAGAGAACCAGACCAACAGGCAGGUGACCUACUCCAAGAGAAGAAAUGGGCUGUUCAAGAAAGCUCAUGAGCUCACUGUUCUUUGUGAUGCAAAGGUUUCAAUCCUCAUGAUCUCCAGCACUCAGAAGCUUCACGAAUACAUCAGCCCCACCAUCACGACAAAGCAGUUGUUUGAUCAGUACCAGACGGCUGCCACAGUUGAUCUCUGGAACUCCCACUACGAGAAAAUGCAACAACACUUGAAGAAACUAAAGGAGGUUAACAGGAAUCUGAGGAGGGAGAUUAGGCAAAGGAUGGGAGAGAGCUUGAACGAUCUGGGGUACGGUGAAAUGGUUAAUCUUAUUGAAGACAUGGACAACUCUCUGAGGUUGAUUCGCGACAGAAAGUACAAGGUUAUCGGCAACCAGAUCGACACGAGCAAGAAGAAGUUAAGGAAUGUCGAAGAAAUACACAGAAACCUAGCUCUUGAAUUUGAUGCAAGACAGGAGGAUCCACAGUAUGGAUUAGUCGAAAAUGAAGGUGAUUACAAUUCUGUCCUUGGAUUUCCAAAUGGAGGGCCACGGAUCAUUGCCCUCCGCCUCCCUCCCAAUCACCACCCUCAUCAUCACCACCAUCCUACGCUUCAUAGCGGAGGAGGAGCCUCAGACCUCACCACAUUUGCUUUGCUCGAGUAAACCUUGUCGCAUAAAUAAUAUAUAUUGUUCAUGUUCUACAAGGAGAUUGAAAAACGAAACGUGUGUUUGAU